AUGAUUUAUUUAAACGUCUUGAUAAAACAAGAAGAUUUUUUAAAUGAAUUUAAUUAUUUGGAAACAAUUCGUGAUAUAAAUCGUCAAUAUGAUGAAAUUGUUUUAACAAAUUGUGUAAUUGAUGAAAGAAUUUUUUUAGAAAAUAAAUUACAAUUAAAUGACUUAUGUAAUUCAUUAAAUGAAAAUCGAUAUUCAAAAUCUUCUCAAAAUCUAGCAUCAUUAACAGCAAAUCAACAUAUUACAUCGAAUGAUUAUCAAACAAUUUCUUUUAAUCAAUAUUUAACACCCAUAUCUCAAGCUAAUCAAUUAAUUAAAUUAUUAUAUUCAAUUGUUCAACAACAAAAAACAAAACCAACAAAUAAUCUUAUUUCAAUUAUUGGACAACAAACUUUUUUAAAUUAUUUUUUUUUUCUUUUUCUUUUUCUUUUUCUUAUCAAAUCGAACAUAAAAUAA